UGAGGCUGAGGAAUGUUUAGUCACUUUCCGGAGUUCGUGGUGCGAUCACGUCUAUUCGCUUUGUUCGUUUUACGUUGUGUCUACUAGACAGUCUUGCUGUGGCGUUUCAAAUCUGUUUUUUUUUGUGUUAAUUUUUUGAACAAAAAUUGCUGCAAAAAAUCGAUUUUCUAUUAAAUCGACUAUUAGUCGUGGACCAAUUUGUUUUGUGAUUUAUAGUUUUCGUGUAACAGUGAGAAAAAGUGAUCAGAUUAACUUCUAUUAGCGGAUAUUUGGAUAACGUUUGCUUGGGAAUUUUCUUAUUGAAAGAUUUGAAUAUCAAUAACAUUCAUUCGAGAAAGUAAAGUGGCCCGCUAAAUACACACUGUCCGAUCGCAUCAUCUCACCAUACACCAGCCGCAAUAAGAGUAAAUUAUUUAAAAAACAUAGACGAAAAAUAUUAAUAAUAAAUUUGACAUCGCAUACCACACACAAAAACGGAAUUAAAUUUCAAUAGAAUUAUCAUAAUAAUUAAGUGGAUCAACAAAAAAUAAUAAUUUGGCUUCGAGUUUAAUAUUAUAUUGGAAAGAUGAAAAAAUAUGUUUAACUUAACAUAAACAUCCAAAUCAAACGUUUGUUCGUGAUAUGUGCGUUUUCUAAAAAAAAAUCAAAUCAAAAAAAUAAAAUUUAAAUAAUAAGACGGCGAUCUGAGAUAAUCUAACAACAACGGAAAAUUUAGUGAAAUCAUGUUCAGAUAAAUAAUAAUUUAGUGUUAAACAAUUUGUAAAUAAAUCGCAAAUAUUUCAUAAAUUACCAUGGCGUCGCAACAGUUUUUUGUGAUACAAAUUGUGCUGCUAGCUGUAUCUAGUGUUUUAAUAAAUUUGACAUGGGGCCAUGUCGCUCUCACUUAUCCGCCGGCACGGAAAUAUGAUUUGGAUUUCUUGGAUAAUUCUCGAACGCCGGGACCGUGUGGCAUGCCGAGUAAUUUGCCAGGGUCACCACGUACUUCGUUUCUAGCGGGAUCUACAUUCAAUGUAACAUGGCAUUUGGCGUACCCUCAUCGGGGUGGCUUCAAACUUCAACUGUUAGACAAUUUGGAAAGGCCAGUCUUAGAUCUCACACCGUCUGUGGGUGGAUCUGAUUUCGUUCGAACCGAUGCGACAGCCCAGCAAUUUCAAGUGAGAUUACCUUCAGACUUUACUUGCAACAAUUGUACAUUGCGUCUACUAAGACAAGCUGAUGAAUGGGCAAAUGGUUACCGAUUUUGGUCAUGUGCUGAUAUCGACGUUCUUUCAAGAAAGGAAUUCCGGGAAUCUUGUUCGGGACAUGGAAAACACUUCGGUAGUCGAUGCAAGUGCGAUAAAAAUUACUAUGGAAACCGGUGCCAAUAUUGGGAUGAAUGCCAGGCUGAUCAAGACUGUGGAAUACAAGGAAAAUGCGUCGAUAUCGAUGGAACGUCGUUGCCAAAGAAACAAUGUUACUGUAAUUUGGGAUGGUUCGGCCCUGGCUGCAAUAAAAAAUCUCCAAUUAAGAGUACCGACAUUGACUACUCGCUGUACAAAAGUAAGCAAUUGUCACCAGACUACAAAGUUUAUUGGAGAAUAUUAAAAGAGCAAAAGGAAAUUGAGUUUGUUAUGGUCGUAAAUGGAACAUCGUGGGUGGGUCUGGGUUGGAGACCAAGAAAGUUAACAGCAAGCUGCCGAAACUUCCCGGUUAUUCGUGAUGCCGGAGAUCCAGUUGCUGAACCGGAGCCUGUCUCUGAGCCUGAGCCAUCGUCUGAGCCAGAGCCGUCAUCGGAACCAGAGCCCACAUCCGAACCCACCUCAGAACCAGAACCUUCUUCAGAACCAGAGCCAAAGUCGGAACCAGAACCCAGUUCAACCGCCGAGCCAGAACCUGAACCUGCGAAGACCACAAUAAAACCAAGAAUAGAACCAGCUCCCCGCGGAUUUCGACCAAAGUCGAAACGGGUUGCAGAUGAUACAACAUCGAAAGAUGGACUUACUGUGGCCACAAGUGUUUCUUAUCGUGUUAGUGCGAAAACAGGUCGAAAACGGCGAGAUGUAACAACGGAAAGUAUACCAACAUCCGAACCGGAACCCUCUAGUGAGCCCGAACCUAAAAGUGAGCCCGAACCUAAAAGUGAGCCAGAGCCAACAAGUGAACCGGAACCAUCCAGUGAGCCUGAGCCAACAAGUAAGCCGGAACCAACUAGUGAGCCAGAACCGGCAAGUGAACCGGAACCUAAAAGUGAACCAGAACCUAAAAGUGAGCCAGAACCAUCGAGUGAGCCUGAACCUAAAAGUGAACCGGAACCAAACAGUAAGCCAGAGCCAACAAGUGAACCGGAACCAAACAGUAAGCCAGAGCCAACAAGUGAGCCAGAACCUAAAAGUGAACCAGAACCAACGAGUGAACCCGAACCUAAAAGUGAGCCAGAACCAUCAAGUGAGCCAGAACCUAAAAGUGAACCGGAACCAUCUAGUGAAGCUGAACAGACGAAAAAAAAUGUUUCAAAAGUAUCAGCUACGCCAGGACCUGUCAGCAAAUACACCCCGAAACACGAUUUUAAUCCUAUGGAUUGUACAGACAUUGUCAUUGGUUCUGCCAGAGGUACAAGCAGUAGAAUCAUGGAUUAUUAUACACGAGAUAGAUCAACGCCUCGAACGGAUGAAUUCUGGGGUGGAAAAUCGGACCUUACCGCAACUGGUGGCUUCGAAAUCGAUGGUGUUACAACGAUAGUCUUCCGUCGUCCGCUCGAAUCACAUGAACCCACCGAUCACAGCAUUGAGGAUGAUUUAAUGAACGUUAUUUGGGCACGUGGUCAAGAACCGAAUAAAUACGUCCAUUUCCCAGCGUCUGGAGUUGAAAAAGAACAGUCUUCUGUGCCAGACUUUUACAAACCAGACGAACUGAAGUACCAUGGCCACCGGUCACAGCGUGGAUCAACUCAAAUAAACUUCUUAGAGGAAGUUAAACCCGUAACAGUAUCCAAUGGUACACAGUCGGUUGUGACGAUAAGUCAUCAAUUGGAUAACAAUUGUAUGGGCUUCUGGCGUCAUCCCAGAGAUUGUUCGCCAGAAAAGUUCAACUGCGAAUACUUUGUGUCCUGGCAAACGGUUGGCAAAGGCGACGAGAUGCGAUUCACAAUACAAACGACGAAUACGCAAUAUUGGACCGGCAUUGGCUUCAGUGAAGAUGAAAAAAUGUCACAGACGGAUGCUGUUAUCGGAUGGGUGGAUGGAAAUGGUCGACCAUUUUUGAUGGACACCUGGAUCAACGGUUAUUCACCACCGAAGCUUGAUGAUCAUCAAGACAUUUACAAUGCAUCUGGAAGCAUUAAAAAUGGAGCAACAAUCUUGGAAUUCACCAGAAAACGAACCACCAGCGAUCCACAAGAUUUAUCGUUUACAAACGACCACUGCUUGUACAUGAUGUUCCCCAUACAAGGUGGAAGCUUCAAUCCUGUGAACAAGAAAACGAGGAAACACGAACAAAUUCCCAUUGUGACCGCCAAUCGAAUUUGUAUCAAAUCGUGCGAAAAAGAAUUGGAAGAAUUGAUUGCCGCUACUACGCCAGCGCCCAAUCGAUUGGUGUACGCUGUUGGGGUUAAACUAAUGAAUUUGGCUGAAUCGUUCGAGUCACCUUCGAAAGGAACACCGGAAUUCGACAGCUUAGCCUCACAAAUUGCGGAUAGUUUUAACGGUGUUCUGCAUAACAUCCCCGGUUAUUACAAGGUCGACGUCACCAACUUCGAGAAGCAAAAGGAUACGGUCAUCGCAUCAAUGAACGUGCUAUUCGACAAGGCUGCUUAUGAAAAGGGUCGAUCGCUUAAAACCGACGUUGAAAAUGACCUUGUUAGCGAAGAUGGAAAUGACCAGAAAGAUGGAAAAGUUGUGAAGAAGAUCCUCAAGGACAGUCUUGUCUCGGGCAAAGUGGGCUCAUUAUCGGUCGAUCCGAAUUAUCUUGACUUUGAAGCACUCGAAUAUAAGAGUUCGUUGAACGAAUCGGAGCCGACCACUUCAUUCUUCCAAUUGUCCGAGGUUCGAUUAUAUAUCGUUCUUGGACUGAUUGCUGCACUGGUUGUUGUGGCUUUGCUUCAAGCUACUUGUACAAUUUACAAAACAUCGCGGAGCAGCCGAAAUCAGAAGGAUCAAUUGAUUCCCAAUUCAGCCUGGAAAGACUAUUCCACAAACACAAAUUACGCUUUUGAUGCAUUUGGUGAAACGGAAGAGAAACACAAACGAAACCGCAGUUCAAGCAGCCAGCAAACGUUGCAAAUGUCCCAUUCACCGGUAAAGCCACAAUACUACAACGAAAGUCGAACGUCCCGACACGACAAUGCCGACAGCCAUCGUCAUCAUGGCAAUCAUCACAACAAUGGUGAUGGACGCGGAUACCAGAAUGGUGAACAUAUACCCAGAUCUUCAUAUGCUGAUCGUACGUACUCAUUACCGCGAACCGUCGUCCAACAACAACAACACCUACAAAAGAGUCAUCCCGGAUACUAUACGCAAGAUCGAAGAAAUCGUAGUGCACAACAUAGUGCUUCUUCUGCUGGCAUUGAUCAGCCCGAUUUCUAUUUUAUGCCGUCACAACGGAAAUAUUCGGGUGAGGUUGUACGAGUGUACGUAGAUUAUAAUAAAGAGCCGAAGAACUAAAGCGAAAGGGAUAUUUCCUUUACUUUAUUUUUGUAAGUAGCGCCAUUUUUUGUUGCAAAUUAAUGUUGAGUUCGAUGAGAAUGUGAAUUAUGUAAAUCGAAGAAUAUUUUAAAUCAGACAGCAAUCCGUCCAUAAGUUUAGUCAAUUUGAUUUGAAACUUUUUGCAAUAUUUUCGAUAUCCGGAUACCAUCCAUAUACCAUUCGGCUAAGAUAGAAAUUCUUUACACAGACUAAGUCAUUAGUGCAACAACAAUCACAUCAAUAUUUAUGUAAUCAGUAAUCACUCUUUCAACCGGAUGUUGGCGUUUUUGAUUGACUAUAUUGACUGAGGAACAAAACCUUUUAACAAAAAAUUGGUUCCGGUAAUUCCACGGAUUAAAUGGAAUGUGUAAUAUGUUCUGAAUUGUUCUUAAUAAAUAAGCAAGUGUUCGAAUACAUCCACCAAUACACUGGUAGUUUUCAUUUUUAUAUCUCUUCUUGUGUUCCAAACAAUUAUUUGGAACACUAUAAGUAAAAAUGCCGAUCUGACUUUUUGAGGUCAUCUGUUCCGAAAUUAUCUGCUCCAACAUCAAUGAUAUCUCACAGCAAUAAUUAAUGGCUGAAAACAGCCGCUGAAAACAGCAUGACGCUGAACGAUUUCUUCGAACCUUAAGUUAAGCAGAACAUGGCAACGUUUAGUGAAUUAAUUGAAAAAUGAAAAACCAUUUUUGCAACAAAUCGUAUUGCAUGGUGAGACGUAUGUGAUAGAGAGAGAAAGAAGAGUCACAGUAAGAUCUUGCUUUUAUCGUAACGAACUAUGAAAUACAAUUUUGGAUUUUACAUUUUUUUCAUGUCUUGGGCAUAAAUUACGGAAUUUUUCUCGUAGU